AUGGUUGAACUUUACGGACGUGUUUUCCUUUGUCUCACUGGCGACGAGGAUGGGAUGGUGAAAAUCGGCGAAAAAUACGUGAAAAUAGAAAAUACGGAAAAUUUAGACUGCGAACAAUCAGCGUGCAAAAUGUCGGUCGGAAAGAUUAGUGAGUUUGACGUUAAAACCGGUAUCUGGACUGCUUACGUGGAGCGGCUAGAAAUGUAUUUUGUGGCAAAUUCAGUGAAGGACGAAAUUAAAUUGCCUACCUUGAUCGCGGCUAUGGGUGAAAGGGCGUAUGAACUGUUAUCCACCCUCGCGAGUUCUAAGAAACCCAUGGAACUUACGUAUGUGGAUGCAGUUGUACUAUUACGUAAUCAUUUGCAACCGAAACCAUCUCCGAUGGCGGAACGUUAUAGUUUUAGGCAAAGAAGACAAACAGACAGUGAAUCAAACAGUGAUUACGUGGCGGCAUUAAGGAAACUAUCUAGACAUUGUGAAUUCGGUGCAGUCCUACAGGACAAUUUACGGGAUCAGUUAGUGUGCGGACUUCGAAGUGACGUCAUACGGCAGAGAUUAUUCGCGGAAGAAAAAUUAUUGUCCUAUGACAAGGCAGUGAUUUUAGCGGGAUCGCUGGAGGCAGCGGAGCGGGAAGCGGCGCUUGUGGAGUCGAGCGCAGCGGUGACGUCAUCGCGGACCGCGGGGCAGCUGCGUGGCGAGGGCGGCGGCGGGGCAAACGGGGGGCUGAACGCCAUGCGCGUCGGCCAGCGAGUCCGCCAUACCCGGCACAGCGCAGUAGCGGAUGCAUUGUCGCGAAUGAUUUCUACCCAUAAAGAGAAUCUGCCAAGACAGAUAGUCAGUGACAACGGUCCGCCAUUUACUAGUCAGGAAUUUCAGUUAUUUCUUAAGGAUAACGGUAUAGAAUACAUAUUUUCAGCACCCUAUCACCCGGCUUCGAAUGGCGCAGCUGAGAAUGUGGUUAGAAUGGGCAAGCGGGUUAUAAAGAAGGCACUAGUACAGGGUGUGAAUAUCGAUAUCGCGCUUAAUAGGUUUCUACUCGUUUAUCGUAACACCGAACACUGUACUACCGGUGUGAGCCCCGCGAAAUUAUUACAAGGUCGUUCACUGCGCACACGCCUCGACUGUCUGAAGCCGGAGCUGAGGCCCCGCGUGCGGCGCGAGCAGGCGCGGCAGGCGCGCGCCGCGGGCGGCAGUCGCCGGCAGUUCGCGCCGGGAGACCGCGUAUGGUACCGCGAUUAUCGUAACUCGGUUGUAAAAUGGUUAAAAGGAGAAGUACACUCCAGACUAAGAGAAACGGACUAUAAUAUUCUAGGGGCUGAUAAAGUCUUUAUUCAUAGACAUGUCGACCAGAUAAGACCACGAUCGGGGGAGCCGGAUAGGGAAGGGGAAGACCGGGAUGUUUCAGAAGGAGGAAGAAGUUCAUUAUCACGUUCCUAUCUAGUGUAUCCGAAUGGCUCCUCUCCAGUGGUGGAGGAAGAGGCCGGUUCGAGUGGCAGAGAGGCCGCGGCCGGGUCCGCGCCCGCCGCGACGUCCCCGCGCCCCCCGCCCGCCCCGCAGCCGGCGCCCGCGGCUCCGGGCCCGGCGAGGGAGCGCCCCAACCCGCCUAGAACUCGUAGGGCCCCGCGACGUUAUGGAUUUGAUUUUGAUUAG